CUGAUAGAGGGGCAAACUUUUUGACAUUUUCUGUGAAGAAAGUGAACCCAAAGUGACGUCCCCCCCGCUAUUAUUAUUAUUAUUAUUACUGCCUUUUGGUGUAUUUCCAUUUCCAUUUCCACUCUGCCCAACUCAUCCAUCCAUUCCAAGAGUUGACUUGGUUCACCGUGACUCUCGACUUUCGCACCAAGACGACACGGACACACACUCUCUUUCUUUCACACACUCAGACACCCAAGCAAAACGAUCCGAAACGCAGCAGCCAUGUCUAUGGACAUAGACAGCGACGUGCCUAUCUCGAUCGCGCCCCAUGCCGAAGAGCCUACUUCCAAUGCAACCAUUUUCUGUUGCGAAUGCGGGGCUCCCAUCGACGGCACAACCUCAGCAAAUGCGCUCUGCUACGACUGCGUGAAGCUCAAGAUCGACAUAUCACAAGGCAUCCAGCGAGAAGCCGUGGUCCAUUUCUGUAGGGACUGCGAACGAUGGCUUCUGCCUCCCCAGUCCUGGAUCGCAGCUCAACCCGAAAGCCGUGAGCUGCUCUCCAUGUGUCUGAAGAAGCUGAGAGGUCUACACAAAGUCCGAAUCAUCGAUGCUCACUUCAUCUGGACCGAACCCCAUUCGAGACGAAUCAAGAUCAAAUUGACCAUCCAAGACUCCGUGUCCGACGGUGUCAUCCUACAACAGAGCUUUGAGGUUGUCUACAUUGUUGCAUGGCAGCAGUGCCCCGAAUGUGCCAAGUCAUACACAGCCAACGUCUGGCGCGCUUCCGUGCAGGUCCGCCAGAAGGUUCUACACAAGCGUACCUUUCUCUUUCUGGAACAGAUGGUCCUCAGGCAUUCCGCUCACCGAGACACCAUCAACAUCAAGGAGGCAAAGGAUGGAAUCGAUUUCUUCUUUUCCGCAAGGAAUCAAGCAGAGAAGUUUGUCGACUUCCUCAACUCAGUCGUGCCCGUACGAGUCAAGAAGGCCCAGGAACUUAUUUCACAAGACACACACACGGGUACAAAAUCAUACAAGUUCACCUUUUCCGUUGAAUUAGUACCUAUUUGCAAGGAUGAUCUUGUGGCGCUGCCCAUCAAGCUGGCUAAGCAAAUCGGUAACAUUUCUCCCCUCGUCUUGUGCAACAAGAUAGGCACAUCUGUCAACUUCAUGGACCCCAACACUCUCCAAACAGCCGAAGUUAGCGCUCCGAUAUACUGGCGCUCUCCCUUCGGUCCCAUUGCCGAAGCCAAAGAUCUCGUCGAGUUCAUUGUCAUGGACGUGGAGCCGACAGGUCAGACAAAGGGCAAGUGGGUGCUCGGCCAGAUCGAGGUCGCCAAAGCAUCGGAUCUGGGCGUCAACGACAAGACUUACUUUACGCGCACGCACAUGGGUGGGCUUCUACAUGCUGGUGAUUCUGUCUUGGGAUAUAUGCUCACCGGUACCAACUUCAAUAACACCGAGUUCGAUGCGAUAGAGGCAUCCAACACUUACGCCUCCACAAUCCCUGACGUAGUUCUCGUCAAGAAACACUACCCCAACCGCCGCCGAAACAGAAAGAGAAACUUCAAGGUCAAACGUAUUAAUAAGGACGAGGGUGAGCUCUUGCCCAAGAAGUCUGACCAAGAACGCAUGGAUCGCGAAUUCGAUCAAUUCCUGGAUGAUAUUGAAGAGGAUGCCGAGUUUAGAGCUGGCAUGCAUCUAUUCAAGGCCCCUGAGAAGCAGCCCGCCGCGGACGAGAUGAGUAUUGCCGAGACUGAGGGUGGUGAUGAGGAUGGUGCCCGCAUACACAUGGAAGAGCUUCUUGACGAUUUCGACGAACUGACAAUGCAAGAGUCGUAGGUAGCAGUUGGAGCAUAUACUGAGAAACGAUAACCUUGCCUUCUCGCGCAAGAUCGCGAGAUAAGGUCCUAGUAGUGGUUCUUUAUGAUGCUGCAGGCGUUACAUUGGUUAGGGAAAAGGUGCCGGCUAGAUGGCAUCGUCCAGUUUUAGGGAAAAUGAGCAAUCGAAUUUAACUUAUCUGAGUCGUCCGCCAUUCUUUUACUUAUAUACGAUUAACAGUGAGCUAUAGAUCCAAGCCAUGGACAACUUCCCAGGAAUGCUAUAAUUUUACUACACUAAUAGAUUGUGCUCAAGUAUGGGACCUUCCGCACCGUGGCAAAAUAUCGGCCCGCCUUGACCUAAAGUUCAUGACCAAGUAUCCCUCAUUUACAAAUAAUAAUUCGGACUUGGCGCAGAUCUGAGCCUCAUUUCAAUAACAGGACCAC